AUGUUCAUCUACAGCCUCGCACUAGUAGCGGCCGUAAUAUUUCUAGGGCUGAAGUACAUCUAUUCGUACUGGGAUCGCUAUGGCAUCGCUAAUAUCAAGCCACAUAUCCCGUUCGGAAAUCUACAGACGGUGGUGCAGAAAAAGGAGUCAUUCGGUGUCGCCAUCAACAAUUUGUACCACCAAACGUCCGAUCGGUUCGUGGGAAUAUAUCUGUUCUUUCGCCCUUCGCUUCUAAUCCGUGAUCCGUACCUCGCGAAGAAGAUUAUGGUGAACGAUUUCCAACACUUCCACGAUCGCGGUGUUUACUGCAAUGAACACGAUGAUCCGUUCUCGGCGAACCUGUUCGCGCUGCCUGGUCAACGGUGGAAGAGCUUACGCAGCAAGCUUACGCCGACCUUCACCUCGGGACAACUACGCACCAUGAUGCCAACCUUCAUGGACGUAGGGCACUCGCUGGUUAACGAGUUGGAUAGGCUGACGGAGCAGCCAAGUGUGCAAGACAUGCGAACACUAGCGUCACGGUUUGUGAUCGAUGUGAUUGCGUCAGUGUUUUUCGGGUUCGAGUCGCACUGCAUACAGAACCCCAAAGAUCCGUUCUUCGUAACGCUAAACAGUCUCGUGCGCUCGGUUGGGUUUGUCAAUAACAUCCGUUCGGCCAGUAUUUUCGUUUGCCCAAUGCUACUGAAAAUCACGCGUAUGUCUUCGCUGCCACCGCAUAUGAUCAAGUUCGUGAUGGAAAUAAUCUCAUCACAGAUCGAGCACCGA